GGAAGGAAGCCGGCGGCGUCGCCCUCUGCGUCGGAGGAGACAUGCCGGAGGACGAGGUGGAGGUGGUGUCGUGGACCGCGGCUGCGCAGCCGGCGGCCCAGGUGCCGUGCGGGGCGUGCAGGACGCUCCGGCGCCGGUGCGUGCCGGGCUGCGUCUUCGCGCCCUACUUCCCGGCGGAGGGCGACGAGCCGUCCCGGUUCGCGGCCGUGCACCGGGUCUUCGGCGCCAGCAACGCCGUCAGGAUGCUCGAGGACGUGGAGCGCCCCGGGGAGCGGCGCCGCGCCGCGGAGACGCUCGUCGAGGAGGCCCUGGCGCGCGUGCGGGAUCCCGCCCUCGGCUGCCUCUCCUACGUCGCCGUCCUCCAGAUGCUCAACGAGAAGGCCCGGGAGCAGGUCGACGCCGUGCGCGCGGAGAUCGCCGCGGAGUUCGGCCCCGAGGCCGCGUCCGAGCCGGUCGACAUCCAGGCCGCGGGGCCGGAGGUGGAGCUGGAGGCCAAGGCGCAGGCUGAGCGCGCGCUGGCGCACGCGAGGGAGCAGGACGCCAAGAUGCUGGCCGCGCGGCGCGCCGUCGACCGCAAGUGGCGGCAGCUGCGCCAAGCGGCGAGGCGCGCCGCCGGGGAGAGGCUCCGCCUCCCGGGCGGGCGCUGGCAGGACACGAACAACCAGAUGGCGGAGACAGAGAACACGGCCGCCGCCGCCGCCGCUGGGGAGUCCUCGAGCGAGCAGACAAUGUUGACGCCGCAGGCCGCGGCCGUGACGGAGCUGGACUCCCCGGAAGGGAACGGGCACCCGCAGGAGUCGGCGCCCGCCGCGGGCGCAAACCAGCACCGCCACCUCGCCUCGCAGCACGCCGGGGCGGAGCAGGGCAUCCCGGAGGGGUACGGCCACGGCCAGCUGCACCAGCUGAUGGCGGAAACGCAGCAGUCGACUGCCGGAGCGGAGGCAUCGAGGGAGGAGGCAUUGACGUCGGAGCAGGCACCGGCCGCGGCGCUGCAGCACCACGAUUCAGCAACAACGCAGCUCGACGGGACGGGGACCAGCUUCCUGGACAGGCACCAGGUGGCUGCCGCGGGGGAGCUUUCUAAGAAGCUGGACACCAUGAUACGGCGAUUCGCCGCGGCGCAGCAGUACGACGACCCUGCGGCGGCGCGCUACGCGUGGAUGGGUCCCGACGUCUCGCCGCGGCUCCAGCAGCCGCCUCAGCCGGAGGACACGGUGCCGCAGGUGGCGGAGGCGCGGCAGGAGGCCGCCACGGCGGAGGUGGCGAGCGACCAGGACUUGAUGAUGAUGCUGGUGCCGCAGAUCGCCGAGGCGGAGGCGGCGGCAGAGCAGGACGUGAUGAUGCAGCUGCUGGCCGCGGGCGCGCCUCAGUACGACGACCUCGCCUCCCAAUACGACGACGACACGGAGGUCGACAUCACGCUGGGGUACGGCCACCGGGACAUGUACCAGCAGACGGUGCAGCAGUUGGCCGCCGCGGCAAAGGUUGCCAGGGAGCAGGGCAUCAUGGCGCAUAUCGCCACGGCAGAGCUUUCCAGAGAGCAGGAAAUGAUCGUGCGGCAGGCCAGCCAGCCAGAGAUGACGAUCUUGCUGCAGGCCGCCGCGGCGCAGUACUCCGACACAGAGCUCGACAUCUGGCUGGGGCAAGGCCACCCGUACAGGCACCAGCCGACGGUGCAGGAGCUGGAGACGAACACGACGACGGUGCAGCAGCUGGAGCCGAGCACGACGACGGUGCAGCAGGUCGGCGGGUACAUGGACGGUGAGCACGGGAGCGACUCCGGCGUGACGGUGGCGUUCCAGCUGCCGGGGUCGGCCGAGGCCGCGCCAUUCCUCGUCGAACAGGAACCGCCGCCACAGGGGCAGACGGCGAGCGCGCUUGGGCUCGAAGUGGAUUCAUCUCUGCCACCGCUGCCGCCGUCGUUGGGCGGGCCGCAUGGCCAGCAGAGUACGGAUGGUGGCGACGAGGACCAGUGUUCUGAUUUGACGGAGUACUUGUUCUAUUGAUGCUUGUCCAGGUGAGGUGAGAAAGGCAGUUGUUAUGGACAAGGCAGGCAGGCUUCAGCGGGUAGCACAGGGUCCAGAGAGGAGACGACCCUUGUCCGAACCAGAAGAUGCAGGAUUUGCAGACAAUAUUUAAAACAGAGUAGUGAUUUCCUAUUUUAGGUUAACUACACAAAAUACUUGUUCUGAACUUCUGAUAGCUCUAGGCCUUGAUGCCCAACUCUUUUGUGUUGCCUGAAUUUUGUGCUGUUACAUACUGUGGUCCAGUUCGUCCAGGUGCUUACAAAGAGAUGUUUUGCUGAUGAAAUUGAGAUGGUUAUAUGGAAUCCUACGGUCUACUGGUUGCAGCUUUGUAUGAUUUUUUGUCUUUAGACCUGAAAUAUGUUCUCAGUUUAAAGCAUGGUGGCCUCGGAUCAGAUGCC